AUGAAGAAGACGAGAAGGAUUUUCGGUCUCAAAAAGCAUGCUACCAAUGAAUUCGUUGAGGAGAGACUACCGAACGUCGAUUCCACCCUCCAAAGCCUGCCUCCUGCCCACUUUAGUGAUGCUGUGGGGCAGUAUCUCUCGGAUGACCUACCCGUGGUUGACGAUCUCGAAGGCACGGAUAGAAUGCGAACGGAAGCAAGGUUGUUCCAGGACGCCUUCAAGGACUUCGAGCACGGGCUCGGCUACGAGACGGAAUUCUCCAAGCAGAAAGUCAUGACGUGGGAUGAUGUAUUGCGCAUUGCUGAGUCCGAAGCCGAAGCGUACAAGCAAAAGGGUGACGGCGAAGGAUUAAAAGCAAAUAUACGGGGUCUAUUCAGGAAAUUCCACAAAUUCAGAGUACCCGUAGAGACUUGCAUCAAGCUUCUCCCUUCAAUAUCUUGGGAAACCUCUCUUGUGUGCGGCGGCCUUACAGUCAUACUUCAGGCCGCAUCGAAGCUGGGGAAGAUGAGGGAAGACACAUACACUGCGAUGGAAGAAGUUCCACGCGCCAUCGCCCGCUCUAGUGACCUCAUCGCUAUCUAUGCGCUUUCGAAGCGCCGAAAGAUGCUGGAAGAGCAUGUGUCACAGCUGUUUGUUUCGAUCCUCAAAUUUCUGCGAAAUACUCUUGGCUGGUAUGCGCAGAACGCCGCACAGAAAUUCGUUGGUGCCUUAUUCCGUCUCGAUGAUUAUGGCAAAACAGUCACCGCAAGCAUUGAUGAUUUCAAAGAUUUGAUAAACGCUGUCAAUGAAGAAGCAAAGAUGAAUGAACAUCAGACCAUUGCAGAUAUUAGACAAGAGGUCCAAGGGUUCAAGGAAUGGGGUAUGCAAGUGAAGAAUGACAUCUUCAAACACCUACGUGUGUUCGAGAUUGAACAGCAGAAUUGUAUCCUCCUCGAUCAUCUUGUCUAUUCGCACGACCAAACCAACCAAGACUUGCAUGAUUCACUCGCCAUUGGGCACACAUUCGCUCUCGAUGUCCAGGACCGCACAGCAUGGAUACUACAGUCUCCCGAGCUCACUGAUUGGCUCUGCUCACCGCGUCUCUCCUUGCUCGAAAUUAAUGCGGGCGAAGAUCGGCACGAAACCGGCAACUCCUCCGCAUCUUUCUUCUCUGCACUGCUUAUCCGCGCGUUGCUUGCAUCUGGCCAGUCGACCGUGCUGUACUGGUUUUGUGGGCAGCAUAUCCUGGAGGGCUGGUCGGAGAUGACACAAGCCUUGAUUGGACAGCUGAUUGAAAACGGCAACGAGAGAAUCCAAAUUCCAGCAUCACCUCAGAUUCGAGCGUUGGACGAUCUCGAUGAGCCAGAAAGACUUCUCAAGCUACUGCGUAAAUGCGUCAAGCAAGAGCUGCAGCACUCUCCUGUAUGCGUUAUUAUCGACUCUGUGUCCUUCUAUGAAGAUCGCCGACGGAGGUAUUGGACGCACAAAGUGAUUGAAGAGCUUGAAAGUCUGGACAGGUACCUUGAGAAGGAGAAAUCGAGCCUCAAGAUUCUGUUGACUAGCCCUGUUCGGAGCGACUUUAGUAGCGGCCAUCGAGAAUCAUCAGUCGAGGUCCUCGACGUACCGGAUGUCAUAGACGGCUGUCUCCAGGGAUUGAAUGAGGAAUCACUGAUGAAUGAUAUUGAGGAACAUACGAGUAACAUGUAUUAUUAG